AAAACUUAAGUCGGUUGGCGUGAAAUAAAAUGGGCUAAAAGGCCCACCAAUGCAAGGCCCAUCUUUCGGGAGAGUAGUAACUAAAUUUUGUGGCGUAGAGAGGGAGGGAAUUCGAAAACAGAUGAUAGCGGCAAACGCAAAGUAGCUUGAAGAAAUCCGUUGCUCAUUCUCUUCUCCGAUCGUUUUCUUCUUCGCAUCUCAAAGGUCUCUCAGUCACAGAAGAUGGAGGAAACGCAGUUGGUUCUCUGUUUCUCAGUUUCUCGGAAUCAAAUUCCAGAUUACAAUCCGGAGGAAGAGAAUUUGAGUGAGAAAAUUCUGGAUCAAUUGGGUGAUUUCAAGAAUGUGGAAGAAGUGGUGUCUAAGCUGACAGAGAAACUGAAUCUGACCGAGUCUCAGGUUGCGAGUAUAAGGAAGUCAUUGAUUAAGGCUGAAGAAGAAGCUCAACAAGUUCCACCAUCAUCACCGAGUGCUGCACAUCUAAGUAGUAAAUCAAAGAGGAAGAAGAUGAAGAAACAAGCCUCUAAGCUACAGACACAAUCCGAAUUACUUGAUCCUGCUGAUACUGAAACAAUUGAAGCACUGAAGAAGGAGUUUUCAACUGCUUUGGGCUUGUUGAAGAUCGUACAACAGCUACACAAAGUAUUAUUCCCUAAAAGAGUUGGAGCUGGACAAGUGAGAGUUGCAGCUGGGAACAACAUCAGUGGACAAGUGAAAGCUGCUCCUGGGAACAACAUAUGUGGACAAGUGAGAGCUUCUGCUGGGAACAUCAUUAGUGGGCAAGUGAGAGCUUCUGCUGGGAACAUCAUCAGUGGGCAAGUGAGAGCUGGGAACAUCAUCAGUGAACAAGUGAGAGCUGGGAACAUCAUCAGUGAACAAGCAGGGCUAAGGAAGCAUGUAGGAAACCGAUGGGAAUGAAGGAGCCAGUAACGCUUUGGGGAUUUUAGAGAUUUGACUCGAAUCUUAACUUGUGUAAUAGCGAGAUACUUGUUAAUAACGAAAUAGUAAACAACAACCCUCCAUAUUUCUUCUUUAUAGAUGGAGGAAUAGCUUAAGCUAGCACCAAAAUGCUUUCUCUAGUCUAUCUGGUGCAGGGAUCGAGUUUCUUGCUAGUAAAAAUGUUCGUCAAGG